AUGUUUGAAACCGUAAAUAAUAAAGAAGAGAUUAUUAAAGUUUCAAUCAAUUUAAUUUGGAAAGCAUCAGAUGGAAAAGUUGUUUCCGUUAGUUUCAAUGAUCAAUUACGAUCAGCAACAAUUGCCUUUGAUAAUGGCACUAAUACUACCGUAAAUUUGAACGCUCUGGGAGUAAUUCUUAUGAAUGAAGAAACCUUUAGAAAGAUAAUAACCGAGUUUGCUAGAAAAGAAUCUGAAGAACCUGCUUUAAUUGAAAUCAUGAUGAAUGAUCACGAAAUUACUGGCGCAACAGUUGUAAAAGCUGCUCAACUGAUAAAUAAAAUUUUUAAAAGUUCAAAAAGAAUUAAGAAAGAUAAACAAAGAGAAAGCGUUAAUUAUGAGCCUGAAAAUAAUGAGGAAACAGAAGAAUCUAUGACCAGUGACCUGAAUGCUGUCUCCAGAAUGCUUGAACAAAUGAACCUAGCAAACAAUAGUAUACAAGCCGAUGACAUUGAAUCUAUUCAAGAUAAUGAUCAU